AUGGCAAAUAGCAGCGGCACGGUCCUCACAAUGCCGAAUCUAUUUCCUGCUCCUUCUACCUUAAUUCAGGCCUUCUCAGGCUGCUCGGCCUUCUCACAGUCCGUUCCUGAAAGACCUUCGAAACGUGCAUCAAAGUGGAACGCCCGACAUGAGCUCUACCCAGUGUGGAGCGCCGCCGACGAUGCGAAGAACAAAGCUGCGAAACUCAGCGAUGCUGCCGUCGCCGAGUUCGAGAAGGCAAGCAACAAGGCUCAAGCAAAGGUUGGCGGCGUAGAGCUGUAUUCGGCAAAAUUUUACGCAGCGUGCACCGUGGGUGGUAUCAUGGCCUGCGGUCUUACGCAUACUGCAGUCACCCCGCUUGAUCUCGUGAAAUGUCGGCGCCAGGUCGACUCGAAGAUGUACAAGGGCAACUUCGAAGCGUGGGGCAAGAUUGGUCGCGCUGAAGGUCUUCGUGGCGUCUUUACUGGUUGGGGUCCGACCUUUUGGGGAUACUCCGUCCAGGGUGGCCUCAAGUACGGAGGAUACGAGUUUUUCAAGAAGUACUAUGCAGAUCUCGCCGGCGAGGAAAACUUCCACAAAUACAAGACCCUCAUCUACUUGGCAGGCAGUGCGUCGGCGGAGUUUAUUGCCGACCUUGGUCUUUGCCCGUUUGAGGCAGUCAAGGUGCGGAUGCAGACCACAAUUCCACCGUUCGCGUCAGGGACGUUGAAUGGCAUCAACACGAUUGUGGGGAAGGAAGGUGUUGCUGGAUUGUACAAGGGCCUGUACCCGCUUUGGGGCAGACAGAUCCCGUACACUAUGAUGAAGUUCGCCUCGUUUGAAACCGUUGUCGAAAUGAUCUAUCACCGCCUCCCCGGUAGCAAAAGCGACUACGGGAAGGGCGCACAGACGGCCGUCUCCUUCACGGGAGGUUACAUUGCCGGUAUCCUCUGCGCCAUUGUCAGCCAUCCCGCGGAUGUCAUGGUCUCGAAGCUCAAUGCGAACCGUCAGGCUGGAGAAAGCUUCGGAGCUGCGACGGGCCGCAUUUACAAGGACAUUGGAUUCGGGGGCCUCUGGAACGGGCUUCCGGUUAGGAUUGUCAUGAUUGGUACGCUUACUGGUCUGCAGUGGAUGAUCUAUGAUUACUUCAAGAUCUUUAUGGGAUUGCCGACGACUGGAGGUGCGCCGCCUCAAGAAGAGAAAGUUACUGCGAAGACCAACUGA